AUCCUGCACCUUCCUUUUCGGCCACAAUUUGACCAUGGUGUUGGAACGCCUUGUGGAAAUCGGCCGGGUGGCCUUUAUUGCCUUUGGCCCAGAUGAAGGGAAACUGUGCGUCAUCGUUGAUGUCAUUGACCAAAAUAGGGCUUUGGUGGAUGGACCCUGCUCAGGUGUGGGACGCAAAAGUAUGAACUUCAAGGCCUUGAAUUUAACCAAGUUCAAAAUCCCAAUUCUCCACUCUGCACGUACUGGCACAGUGAAGAAAGCAUGGGAGGCCAAGGAGAUCACACAGAAAUGGGAAGAGACAACAUGGGCAAAGAAACUGGCAGCUCGGGAAAGGAGGACAAAGCUCACCGACUUUGACAGGUUUAAACUGAUGAAGGCCAAGCAGGCACGAAAUCGAAUCAUCAACAUAGAGUUUGGUAAACUUAGGAAGGAGGCUAGGAAGAAGGCAAAGGACGAGCCAGCCAAACCUAAACGAGUGCGCAAGAGGAAGAGCAAGAAGAACUAGAGUUAUUCAUCAAGUAUGGAUUCAGAUUUUGGAACAUGUAACCAUGUGAAAAUAUUAAAGGUUUCUUGCUUGUA